UCACCCGUCCCAAACUUUCUGUCAGCUGCGAAGCCGGCGGGACCCGCCCAGAGGGCGGGCGGAAGCGAACCGUGCCGCGGCCACGACCGCUCUAGGCAGCUUCCUUCGGCUCGGGAGGGAGCCGCGCUUUCCCCGUUUAUCCCUGGGCACCCUGAGCCGCUGCCGGCAGCCCUGGGGGGGCCUUGAGUCCGGAGCAGGGCGGACAGGAGCGCCACUUGGAGCCAAAGAUUCAGGCAGCGCGGGGUUUGGGUGUGGGCUGGGGGUCACUGUUCAUUUUGGCUUUUCUGUUGCCAGGGUUGGAAGAGGCCGCUGGUUAGUGGGCCCCUUGCCCGAGGGUGUAGGCUCCUAAAGCUCCCCUGACGUUUUCACCGCGUUCCUCCGAACCCCCCACCCCCGCCCACGGGGGCUGAAAGUCGCAGGACUUUUGAUGGCCCUUAUGUGUCUGGGGUGGGGAUGGGAGGGCCCGUGUAGACGAGCCACCCGUUUACGCCUGGGGGUGAUGAAGCGGGACCCGCCGCAAGAUCUGAGGGGCCCAGUGCAAAAUGAAAAUGCCAGGUUCCUUGCUCAUGAGUUAUUAGGAACUCCAAAACGGUGAAAAGCAGAGCAUUAAACCCAGCGCCGGCCCCUGCGACCCCACAGGUCGUGGCCCGUGAACCUGUCGCUGUGCUUCCGGGACUGUGGGCCCCGAACAGAUGCUGGAACCCUCCAUUACGAAGGGCUCCCUGUGUGGUCUCGCUUUUUAGUUUUCCUUGUUAUUGCCGUUUGCCCUCCCCAGUGCUUUUGGAUGGAUCUUCGUCACCGUCCUAGGAUUGCUCACCAUCCUCAAGCUUGAAAACCCGCUGAAGAUCAGGCAUCUUUAAGUGCUGAGUUGAACAGUGCAUUUCAUAUGCACUGAAGGCUGGGUGGGGCUGUCUUUUUCCCUGGCGUCUUCCUCUGAAGCUGGCAGAAUGAUGGAGAGAUGGUACUGACUGUAUGAAAGCAACCCCUUCAGCCAAUUCCUGUCUUCCUGGGAAGACCCCUGGAAGAAACAGGCCUCUUGAGCACUUGAUGCAGAUGACCACGAGUGGAUAGCCAUCAGCAGGAGGAUGGAUUCAUGAAAGCUCAACAUUUCCUGCUAAUCCAUGAACCAUAAUGACUCCCAGGAUGCCCUAUGAUAAGUAUAUCCCACCUGUUUCCAAACCUCUGUCAGUGCAGAACAAGGCUGCCGCGAAUUAGGCCUGAAAUUACACUCACAGUUGUGUUUUGGUUUUUCUCUAGGGAAUGCUUUGCUGGUCUUCCAGCUUUCUGUCUGCCCUUGCUCUAAAGGAUGGGUUCUCUGAGUGCAAGCUUUGGCCAAGUUCCCACACGUACUCCAUGUAGAAAAGAAGCUGGUGCCCCCUCUGCUGCAUGCCACUGUCAGAAAGAAUCUUGUGGUCGCAAGUGACAGAGGACUGAAUCCAAACCAAGUUAGCAAAACCAGUCUCAAAUGAAUGCUGGGAGAAGACAUCCCUGUUCAGCUGGAGGAAAGUCAGAGAGCAUCUGAGAAGAAGCUGAGACCUUCAUUUUGCAAACACAUAAGGUGCUGACCGAGGCAGUAUAGUACCUCUGCAUCCCUCAUAGAGAAGGUUUUUUUCUUGUUUUUGUGUCUCUUGAAACACCUGGAGUGAGGAAAAACCUCCGCAUUUGCCAAGCAGAAGAAAGAGAAUCAUAAAGCACAGAGAACUACUCUUCCACAAACAUGUUGUGGAAAACCUGGCACCAGGCCAAGCUGCCUCUCGAUGACCAUCCUGUCUGAUACAACAACAGAUACCUUCAGACACCUUCUGGUGGAUCUAUGACUGAGGUGGAUCGGCUAGGAGUGGCUCCUCGCAGCAUAGAGGGAGGCACUUUUCACACUGUUUUGGAAUGAGAAGUUAAAUUCAUGAGCACACAUGAUUUAGAAGACAUGGGCUGUGGCACUUCGUCUUCAAGGAAAGACAGGAAAUCUGAGAAAGCGCUAAAAGCCGCAUUGAUCAUCCAGAACUGGUACCGAGGUUACAGCGCUCGGUUGAAGGCCAGACAACGCUAUGCCCUCACCAUCUUCCAGUCUAUCGAAUAUGCUGAUGAACAAGGCCAACUGCAGUUAUCCAACUUCUUUUCCUUCAUGUUGGAAAACUAUACACAUAUACACGAGAAAGACCCAGAUUUAGUUGCUCGACUCUUUGGUAGCACCCUCCAGGACUGCAGGGAUAGACAGGAGUAUGUCUCAUUCAUAGACGUCCCAGACUCCUAUAAUGGUCCUCGGCUGCAAUUUCCUCUCACUUUUAUUGAUAUUGAUUUACUUGUCGAGGCCUUCAGGCAACAACAGGUACUUCAUGCUCAUUAUGUCUUAGAAGUGCUCUUUGAAACAAAGAGAGUCCUGAAGCAAAUGCCGAACUUCACUCACGUAAAGACAUCUCCCUCCAAAGAGAUAACGAUCUGUGGUGAUUUACAUGGGAAACUGGAUGAUCUUUUUUUGAUCUUCUAUAAGAAUGGUCUCCCCUCAAGGAACAACUCAUAUAUUUUUAAUGGUGAUUUUGUAGACCGAGGAAAACAUUCCAUAGAGAUCCUAAUGAUCCUGUUUGUGAGUUUUCUUGUCUACCCCAAUGACCUGCACUUGAACAGAGGGAACCAUGAAGAUUUUAUGAUGAAUCUGAGGUAUGGCUUCACAAAAGAAAUUUUGCAUAAAUAUAAGAUGCAUGGAAAGAAAAUCUUAGAAAUCUUAGAAGACCUCUAUUCCUGGCUCCCAAUUGGUACAAUCAUUGACAAUGAAAUCCUGGUCAUACAUGGUGGGAUAUCAGAGUCCACAGACUUGAAUUUGCUCCACCGUAUAGAAAGAAACAAAAUGAAAUCUGUGCUGAUGCCACCAAUUCCCUUGGUUGAAGACCACGAUACUGACUUGAAGAAAAAUAAAGUAGGUGCAACUCUUAUACCUCGGGAACUCAAAACAAAUGGAUCCCCUUCUGAGCAGUUAACAAAGCAUGAAUGGGAACAGGUUAUCGAUAUUCUGUGGAGUGAUCCCAGAGGCAAAAGAGGCUGUUACCCAAACACAAGUCGAGGAGGGGGCUGCUAUUUUGGACCAGAUAUUACCUCCAAGGUUCUUAAUAAAUACCAGUUGAAGAUGCUCAUUAGGUCUCAUGAAUGUAAGCCCGAAGGGUAUGAAAUCUGCCACGAUGGGAAGGUUGUUACUGUAUUUUCUGCUUCUAAUUAUUAUGAAGAAGGCAGCAAUCGAGGAGCUUACAUCAAACUGUGUUGUGAUAUGACCCCUCGAUUUUUCCAGUACCAAGUAACUAGGACAACGUGCUCGAGGCCUCUUUACCAAAGGGUGAAUGCUAUUGAAAGUAGUGCCAUCAGGAUAUUGAAAGAGAGAAUGAUUUCACGAAAAACUGACCUCAUUCGUGCUUUCCAACUUCAAGACCGCAGUAAAUCAGGAAAACUUUCUAUGGGCCAGUGGGCUUUUUCCAUGGAGAACAUUUUGGGGCUGAACUUACCGUGGAGAUCCCUGAGUUCUCAUCUGGUAACCACAGACAAAAAUGGAAAUAUUGACUACAUGUCCAGCUUCCAGGAUAUCCACAUUCAGAAACCUGUGAAAGAGGCUCAAUCUACUCUAAUUGAAACUCUGUACAGAUACCGCUCUGACCUGCAAAUCAUCUUCAAUGUCAUUGACUCCGAUCACUCAGGCCUGAUUUCCAUGGAAGAAUUUCGUGCCAUGUGGAAACUCUUCAAUAGUCACUACAACAUUCAUAUUGAUGAUUUUCAAGUUGAUGAACUCGCUGAAAGAAUGGACUUAAACAAAGAUGGAAGCAUUGACUUUAAUGAGUUUCUAAAGGCUUUCUAUGUAGUGCAUAAAUUGGAUAAGUUGAACAAAUCAGAUGGCAACCCUCCUUAACAAGAACUAGGGCUUUCCCUCCUGUAAACUCUUGGGCCGAAAUCACUGAUGCCAUCUUUCCAGAACCCUUGUAAUUCAUAAUCAGUAGUAGAGAAAAGUAGACCCCCAUUCAUACCAUGAGCAGAUGUAUAAUGUGGGUUUCUGAAGUCCCCAUGAAGUGGUAAUUGGUAAAACUAGAUUAAAUGUCAGCUGAUAGUAUUUGGCUCCAAUGUUAGGACUCACACAUUGCCAGGUAGAAACUGGGUUUGAGCCUAGUGUUGGCCUCUUGGACCAGGAGACCAGAGCAGUUUGGAAACAUGUUGAAAGGAACCCACAGAGCACCAGAGAAAAGUGCAACAUGUGUGAGUGACUGAGGGAUGGGAGGAGGAAUACCAAACUAUUAAUGGAAUAAAAUAUGUCCAUCUUUAAACUGAA